AUUCAUUCUUAGAACUUUACCUUGCCGGUAAAAUUUAUGGGAAGAAAUAAACUGAACAAGUAAAAUGGGAUUAUUAAAAGUUCAAGAAAUAAAGGGAUGUGAGUAUCCAAGUAAAGAUGCUGAAUUGUUCCAGUCAUCUGGAUCAUCAAUGUCCUGCUCCACCAUAUCCAGUUCUAGCUCCACUACUAGCAGUGAUGAUGGCGAUGGAAAAUCUGAUCGUGGAAAUUGGAAGGGAAAGAUGGAUUUUCUCCUGUCCUGUAUUGGUUAUGCAGUUGGACUUGGAAAUAUCUGGAGAUUUCCAUAUCUUUGUUACAAAAGCGGAGGAGGUGCCUUUCUGAUUCCUUACCUUUUCUUUAUGGUAAUAAUUGGUAUGCCUCUACUGUUCAUGGAAAUCACUUUUGGUCAGUUUGCUAGUUUAAGUCCAAUUACCAUUUGGAGAAUCAGCCCACUUUUUAAAGGUGUUGGUUAUGGUAUGGUUAUUAUAUCUGGUAUUGUUUGUAUCUACUAUAAUAUUAUUAUAGCAUGGACGCUAUAUUAUUUAUUUGUCUCCAUGCAGUCUGUUCUGCCAUGGAGUAAUUGUGAUAAUGAUUGGAAUACAGAACAAUGUGCAUUAAGGGAACAUGGUAACAAUACUAUAUUGUCUAAUUACUCAACAAAUGGUAACUUCACCACAUUAUUUAAUGACACAUUUACCAGUAUUAAUGGAACCGUCAUCUCUGUUAUGUCGAAUGCCACCACCAUGAGCCGUGUACCACCAAGCAAGGAAUAUUGGCAAAGAGCAGUAUUACAGAUAACUGAUGGUAUAGAAGAUAUUGGAGGUAUCAGAUGGGAGUUGUUUGGUUGUCUAGCUCUCGCCUGGGUUGUUAUCUUUCUGUGUUUAUGUAAAGGUGUUCAAUCCUCUGGACGGGUUGUAUACGUAACAGCUACCUUUCCCUACCUGGUUUUAAUUAUUCUAUUAGUACGAGGUGUAACUUUACCUGGCGCCAUGGAUGGUCUUAGAUUCUAUCUGAUUCCUGAUUGGGACAAACUCUUUACAUUACAGGUAUGGGGUGAUGCUGCUAUACAGAUAUUCUAUUCUAUGGGUAUGGCUUGGGGUGGUUUAAUUACCAUGUCAUCAUAUAAUAAAUUUCAUAAUAAUGUCUACAGGGAUGCUAUUAUUGUUCCAUUGAUGAAUUCUGGCACAAGUGUUUUUGCCGGUUUGGUUAUUUUUUCUGUCUUGGGUUUUAUGGCUAAAGAAACUGGUGUGGACAUCUCUGAGGUUGCUACACAAGGUCCAGGUUUAACCUUUGUUGCUUAUCCCUCGGCAGUUGCUAGGUUACCAAUUUCACCAUUAUGGGCUGUUCUCUUCUUCCUUAUGUUGUUUACUAUUGGUCUUGAUAGCCAGGUAAGAUUUAUGUUUUUAUUUGGAAGUCAAAUCACAUGCGUAACAUUGCACCAACAAAUAGCAAACUGCAUCAGUAGGUAACAACAUUAGAUCUUUUCCACCGAUCAUUCAUCAUAUGACAAACUUCAACCAAUGGGUGAGGUUUGUUCAUUAAUUUUAUAUUUUGACAAUUGCUAUAUGACUGGUUAUAUGGAUGUUUAUACAUAAAAUAACAUUUGUCAGUAAUUGCUCAGCCUCAAUGUAGCAUGAAAUGCAUUCAAAUUGAGCCUUAAAAACAUUCAAAAUUUUAAGCUUAUCAUUUUUGAAAAUCGUGAUAUCCAUUAUAAUCUAUUAUAUACAGUUGCAUUAAGGUUAUUUUGUUUAUAAAUAUUUUCUAAUGUGGUUACAUGAUGUUUGAACUGCAGAUUUGCAUUUAGAAAACUUAAAUUAUUAAAAACACUCUAAUAAUUGUAACAAACCAUAGUAGAAAUUAUUUUUAAUGAUUCCCUUGGACACAUAAAUAACUUACUAGCAUCUAAUGUUGUUCGGUAUAUUUGAAAAUGCUGUUAAAAGGAGUUAUGUAUUUAACAAACAGUAAGCCUUUAGAUACCAUACUGAAAAUCUAUAAAUUAUAUCCAACAAUUUAAAAUGCUGUUUAAAAGUGAUAAUACCAUACAAGGAAUAAAAAUUAAAUGAUUUUGGCAUAAAUAGCAUUCUAUACCUAUUUCACUGAUGCAUUUGAGCUAUCGACUUUGAAAACAAAAGAUUAAUUACAUUUUAUGGAUAUUUGGAUAAGAAUUGAAUUUCUAAAAAUAAUACACCCUUUGGAAGAGAUAUAUUUCAUAAUUAUAUGACAAAUUAUCAAAGCACAUAAAUUACAUAUGUGCACAUGUAAAUUUGAGAUUCAGAAUCAAAAUUUAUCCAUAUCAUUUGAUUAGUCGUUGUUGAAAAGAGUUCAUAUUCACAAUACGACUGCCACUGGUAAAUCUUGUUGUAUAAUACAAAGUUUGAUUUUGAUUAUUUGCAAUACUUAGCAGCAAAUUCAGUUUAUUUCAAAAUUAGAUUUAGGUUCUCUAGUAAAAUUAACCAGAUUUACUUUGUGGCUUUUAGGAUUGUACAUGUAUUAAAAUGUCUUUAGUUUAGUUUCAGCGUAAGAACUAUGAGUGAAUGAAUAAAACUAGGCGUGGUUGCAUGAAGGUAUGAAUUGGGGGUGAGAGAGUUGAGUGUUAGGGUGCGAUAUAUUUGAGGGGUUGAUAUCUUUUUUAUAAGAAAGUGGGUGAAAGUGUUCUCGGUAUGGGCAUGGUUGCACCAAGAACCUGUUAUUCUCGAGGUAACAGUAAGUUGUAAUAUAUUUUUAAGAAAAGAUGAUCGAGUUCUAAGAUGCUGUUAGGUGUAAUUUUUGAAUACUUGAGUAAUAUCCUAUAAGAAACUAAAUCAUAAACAUGAAUUAUUAUCAAAGAAUUUUCUAAAACUUUGUACAAAUAUACAUUACGUAAAUAUAUUUUUUUUUGAUUCGAAAAUUCUGUUUUAAAAUAUUACUUUAGGAAGCAAUAAUAAAUAACUAUUUGGGAAUGUUUGAGGGGGAUGUUAAAUCCAUGGGAAUGGUUAAUUAUAUAUUACUGGGGAGUAUUUUUGUAAAUAAGAACAUAUUUUUACUCAUUUCGAAAUUGUAAUAGAUGAAGAGAUUGGAGAUAUUUUAACUGAAAACAAUUGAGAAAUGAUUGAACAAAUUCUAAAUUUAAAGUUAUGGAGAAUCAAAAAAUUCUAUUUGUAAAGAAUUCUGAUAACAUUUUAAGAUAUAAAAUAGUAAGUAAUUCAGAAAAGAGUAAAAAUAUGUCUUGUAAUCACUUUACGUGAUAUGAAAAUAAUGUAAUAGUGUGUUUUUAUUUUUGUAUUCAUUGCUAAACAAAGGCUGAAUUGUUUUAUUUGUUGGUGUUUAUUGGAAUAAGGAUUUUUUGAUUUACAAGUUCCAAAUGUGCCUCUUUCAAUGCCCACUUUUAUUAUUUAGUUUUCACACUAAAAAAAGCUUUGUAAAUUUGCGUAAUGUUUUAAGAGUUUUACAUGCAUUUUUCAUGUAGUUAUCAUUUAUGACUCCUGAAAAAGGUUUUAAUGUAGAAUUUAAUUCUUUUUUUACAACCUUUUCCAGGCAGUAGGUGUCCCAGUUUGAAGAACUGAUUGUUUCCGCUUAUGGACAACAUAUUACAAAACUUUUUAAAAAAGAAAACUAAAUAAUUAUCAAAAUUAAAAUUUAUUUAAUAUAGUUUUAUAUCUUACUGGUGUAGCAUUGAAAGCAGGUAUUUUUUAAAUUUAGAUAAACCUCUUUUGAUAUUGAAUUGAAUCCUAUAUUCCCCAAAGGAAAUAACAAAGUUCAUUACUUUUUGUCACACGAUGUAUUAAUAUUCAUGUUUUGUUGUUGUUGUU